UGUCUAGGUAUGGCUCUUGCUCUCACUCACGCCCUGGACUUGACCAGAGCACUAGCUGGUCAAGAUGACCACCGCCGCCUCCACCCGGUGUUUGAUGACGCAGUUCUGGCUCCGGUUCUGUGGAUACUCACACUACUCCCGGAGUCGGAUGUGACGGGCUUUGCUGUGGUGACGAUGAAGUAUCUUCUCGCCACUGGUCUCUUUAUCUGCUACUGCUUUGCCGAGUUUCACGACCACAAGCCACCGACUCGUGUACAAAGGGUUCCGGUGGCCGCUCGGAGAUUCAGACAUCUUCGAUCUGAACACUCAGGACGUGGUGUCUAGGAGCAUCCCACAGUUCCUACACGAGUGGGACAAGCAGAAGCUACAUAUGAGAAGGAGAAAGAAGCCUCAAAGUUGGAGAGCCGUCGUGAAAGAGACUGGUGACGUGAACCACGAGAAAACUCCACUACUGCUGUCUUCCAAUAAAACCACAUCGCAGCGCAGAGCUGGCGACGAUACAGGGUGCUACGGAUCUACGGCUUCUCCAACAGAUGGCACGAGACCUCAGAUGUCAACGACCUACUGCUCUCCCGAGGUCACUUCGGCAGAGGUCCAGGUCAAAGAAGGAGCAGACGACGACGCAAGAACGGAGGACAGCGGGUCACCCUAUGACCCUGCUACCGUCAAGACGAGAGUGUCUUUCUUCCGGGUGAUGAUGAAGUGCUUCCUGCCAGACUUGGCGUUCACGGGCUCUUUCCAGAUUCCGCGUCUGGUCAUGGACAUUGUGAAUCCUUUCGUGCUUGGGCUGUUAAUCAACUUCACCAUGGACCCUUCAGAGCCGAUAUGGCACGGCUAUGUGUUUGCCCUAGUCCUCGUUCUCACCAGAGUGUUUGACACAGUCUUCAACAUGACCAGUCAGUUCCUCACCUCUCGCCUCGCAACACGAAUACGUUCCACGGCGAUUGCUGCGGUCUUCAGGAAG